CCCAGAGGAGGUGUCUGCUGCUGUGACACCUAGUCCUCCCCAUAGCCCUCAGAGUUCCUGCCCCUCCCCUUCUGCCAUGGAAGCCAUUCCAUGGAGCCAAUCAGAAGAUGAGGGCUCUAGCAGCCAAGAAGAGGAGGGGCCAAGCACCUCGGAAAUCACGGAAGGUGCCCUGUGUUUGAAGAUGGUUAGGCUGUUGGCUUUCUUGUUCCUGAAGUACCAUGCCAAGGAGCCGACCACAAAGGCAGAAAUGCUGAGCAGCGUCAUCAGAGAGCAUCAGGACCACUUCCCUGAGAUCUUCAGCCGCAUCUCACAGUGCCUGCUGCUGGUCUUUGGUGUUGAUGUGAAGGAAGUGGACCCCAGCGACCACACCUAUAUCCUGGGCACCGCCCUGGGCCUCACCUAUGAUGGGAUGGAGAGUGUGCCCAAGACCGGCCUCCUGGUCAUGGUCCUGUGUGUGAUCCUCAUGGAGGGCGACAGUGCCUCUGAGGAGAGAGUGUGGAAGGUGCUGAAUGAUAUGGGGGUGUAUGAGGGGAGUGAGCAUUACAUCUAUGGGGAGCCCAGGGAGCUCAUCACCAAGGUUUGGGUGGAGGAACAGUACCUUGAGUACCGGCAGGUGACCGAUAGUGAUCCUGCUCGUUACGAGUUCCUGUGGGGUCCCAGGACCCACGCUGAAACCAGCAAGUUGAAAGUCCUCGAGUUUUUGUUCAGGGUCAGUACUAGGAAUGCCAGUUCCAUCCCAUCCCUGUCCUAGGAGGCUGAGUGAUGGGGAAGAGGGGGCCUGAGCCACAUUUGCAUCCAGGCACAUUUCAGGCCCACACCCAGCAGCUUCUCCUGCUGGGCACGAAGGGAGGCCGGUUUUUCACUCUGUGUUUGAGGAGUUAGUCAUCAGCGUUCUAGGUAGGGAGGGCCAGGGCAAGUGGGGGGAACAUGUGUGUAGCAUUUUCGGGCUCCUAUGAUGAUUUGGAAAUUGACCUUUGUUUCCUUUAGGGAUUUCUCAAAUGUUGUUCCUUUUAAUAGAAAGUUUAAUGAGUUUUUUCAGCAUCUUAAUUUUGUGAAUGACUUUGGCCAUACAUGUAUUUGUAAUAAGCAGUUCAAGAGUAAGAGUUGUGCUAUUGUUUAACACAAAUUGGGACCCUUUCCUUCCCAGUUUGUGAUCCCGAACUAGAUCCCAUUGUAUUGGAGCAGGAUUUCCUUGGAAAUGUGAAAGAGCUUAGCAAUACAAUCGAAUGGGUCAAGAAAUAGAGAAAUAAAAGUAAAAGGUUGGAAACUCUUGCUUGUUAUCCCUUCUCAUGUGUCAUUCUGUGAAACGUUAUAUAUGUAUACCCAGAAUGACUUCGUUCAUUCGAGAAAGUCAGAGACAUUUCAUCAC